AUGACGAGCCGAGAGGCCAGAUUCGCCGCCCCUCGAAGCCGACGACGUGGCAAUCGCCGAGCGCUACACCAUAUGGAGCGAGGGCAAACGCCGACUCCUAGCCUUUAUGCUCGGCCAUCUCUGCCUUGCCACCAUCUACUCCCCCUUGUUGACCUGCUGGCGCGUCGCUACCACGUCUCAACCCACGAAAUCAAGCUGACCAUCACGAUCUACGUUCUCCUCCAGGGGAUAGUGCCGGUGAUAUGGUCGCCGCUCUCAGAAACGUGGCGCCGCCGGCCCGUCUACCUAGCCACCUUUGGCAUUUUGAACUCCGCGUCGCUCGGCUUCUUCAGUGUCGAUCGCGACCACUGUGCGCUGGGCGCUUAUAUUCCUGAGGCCCUGCAGGGCGUCGACGGCUCGACCAUACUGGCGAUCGGCUACGCGCCCGUCUCGGACUUUGCUAUGCACUCGGAGCGCAGCAGGUAUUUUGUCUCUUUCUUGACCGCUGCCACCUUGCAUCGGGCCUGUCGUCGGCGCCGGGAGACUCUUGGCGACUGA